GUUACAGUGUGUGUAAGUGCUAUACCCGGCAGGGAAUCCCGAACCUUAGUGAUUCCCGGAUAUCUUAGGCCUUAGGCCGUAGAUCAUGUAAGGAUAUUUCUUUGUUCAGGUAAAACUCUUUCAAACCAUGACAAACAAGUUGAAAUCACCUAAAGAAUGCAAUCAUGGCAAUCGAACAAGUACGCGUCGGCAAGUAGCAUCCGGCCCGAUAUCUCGCCAAAUAAUGCAUACAUCGAUUACAAUGCAAACAAACCCAAGUCGCAAAGCCGCUGAUAUCACGCCCCAUCGAAACCCAAUAAACUGUGCGCAGUCGUGGUUUGAGUGCGAUCUGUAACGGACAGAAGCUUGCGAUUUAAAGAACCAGUCACCUCAACACGUGUCAAUUUCAAAUGGCUACAAUGUACAAAACAAUGCAAACGGCUAUUCUCGGUGGAAACGUUGAUCAAUUAAAGGAGAUUUGUACGCGCAACAGCAACGAUGCGGAUUGUGAUGCGCAAUUGUCUCGUGCGUACGCCGAAUUGAAACAUCGUAACAUACCCUUAUCGGACGAAAUGAUACACUUUGUCGAGUACGAGCUAGUGAAGGCAAGCUAUCGGAACGCUGCAAUUGCUUAUCAAGGCGGCGAAAGCAGCUCCACCGCCAAGAGCACGGAUGUAGCGCAGCAGCGCAUUGCGCACAUGGUGAAGUGCAUUGAUCUGAUCGUGUGCCAGCACCAGGUGGACUCGUACACAGAUGUGGAUGAUCUGCUGGUGCUUCGUUUGCGACAUGUUUACGCGCAUGUGUUCUUUCUGAAAACACACCUACGCAGACUGCCACUGCUGCAGAUGCAGUUUUGUAUUGCCGUUUUCUUAAAGCUGGUUACGGGUCAAGCGAUCAAUGGGUUCGAAAUUUACGCCUUUACCAUCGACAUAGAACGACUGAUUCGCUUUUUAAAACUGAUUCGAAAUGCCUUGACCAAUGAACAGAAGCCGGCGAUCGAUCUGCAAUGUUACGUACAAUAUGUUCAACAAGUAUGGCAUUCUUCUGCCGGAAAGCAGCUCUCUAGCGUACCGAAACGCAUUCGCACUUACAUACAGAUGCAGUUAAACAGUCUUAAACUCUCCAUAUUGGAGAGCUUGGAAAAGGAUAUUGCGUUUGAAAAUUUCCACUGCCCGUGCAGCAAACGCUAA